UUGUAGUUCUUGCAUUGGUGAGGCGACGAGGAGGCGGAGUGACUCGGCGGCCAUUAGCUGUCUGUAGUUGCUCGGGACUAGGAGCUUAAGGGAAGAGGGAUCCCUGAUUCGGUGGAAAUCAGCCGUGACUAUGGGGUCCUACCAGGGCUAGUCCUAGAGUACGGAGCAGACAGAUUUUUCGGUUUCCCGCCCCGCCAAGUGGCGGGGCCCACUAGGCCUCCAGGCAUCCCCGGUCUCAAGUAGGCCCCAUCUGCCGGCAAGGGCGCCCCAAAGGCGGGAAGCGGCAUGUCGCUGGUUGCUUACGCCAGCAGCGAUGAGAGUGAGCCGGAUGAGGCUGAGCCGGAGCCGGAGGAGGAGGAGGUGGUGGCCCCUACAUCUGGGCCAACUUUAGGUGGCUUGUUCGCGUCUCUCCCCGCACCCAAGGGACCGGCAUUGCUACCCCCGCCUCCUCAAAUGCUGGCCCCAGCCUUUCCCCCGCCGCUGUUGCUUCCACCACCCACUGGAGACCCCCGGCUUCAGCCUCCUCCCCCUUUACCCUUCGGCCUCGGUGGCUUCCCCCCACCUCCGGGCGUGAGCCCGGCUGAAGCGGCGGGAGUUGGGGAGGGGCUGGGGUUGGGGCUGCCUCCGCCCCGAGGCCCAGGCCUCAGUCUGCCCCCCCCUAUUGGCGGUUCCGGGCCCCCCCUGGGGCUUCCCAAGCCAAAGAAAAGGACGGAGCCCGUCAAGAUUGCGGCGCCGGAGCUGCACAAGGGAGAUUCAGAUUCUGAGGAAGAUGAACCCACAAAGAAGAAAAUUGUCCUUCAGGGAUCCAGUGAGGGGACUGGUUUGUCUGCCUUGCUUCCCCAACCUAAAAACCUGACUGUGAAAGAGACUAACAGGUUGCUCCUGCCCCAUGCCUUUUCCCGGAAACCUUCAGAUGGCUCCUCUGAUACUAAGCCCUCCAGACUGGCCCCUAAGUCCAAGCCUUCCUCUCUUGCCCCUGUUGUGGGUACCACAACCACCACUCCAUCGCCCUCUGCCAUCAAGGCUGCUGCCAAGAGUGCUGCCCUGCAGGUGACGAAGCAGAUCACGCAGGAGGAGGACGACAGUGAUGAGGAAGUAGCCCCUGAGAACUUCUUCUCCCUCCCUGACAAGGCUGAGCCACCUGGAGUUGAGCCAUACCCUUACCCCAUGCCCACAGUCCCUGAAGAGCUGCCUCCAGGGACAGAGCCAGAGCCGGCCUUCCAGGACGAUGCCGCCAAUGCCCCUCUUGAAUUCAAGAUGGCAGCAGGCUCAAGUGGAGCCCCUUGGGUGCCUAAACCUGGGGAUGACUACAGCUACAAUCAGUUUUCCACAUAUGGCGAUGCCAAUGCUGCUGGUGCUUACUAUCAGGAUUAUUACAGUGGUGGCUACUAUCCCGCAGAGGAUCCAGCUCUGGUCACCCCCCAAGAAAUUGCCCCAGAUGCCUCCUUCAUUGAUGACGAAGCAUUUAAGCGACUACAAGGCAAGAGGAAUCGAGGAAGGGAGGAAAUCAACUUUGUGGAGAUCAAAGGUGAUGACCAGCUCAGUGGGGCCCAGCAGUGGAUGACCAAGUCUUUGACAGAAGAGAAAACUAUGAAGUCAUUCAGCAAAAAGAAAGGUGAACAGCCGACAGGCCAGCAGCGGAGGAAGCACCAAAUCACGUAUUUGAUUCACCAGGCUAAGGAGCGGGAGCUGGAACUGAAGAACACCUGGUCUGAGAACAAGCUCAGUCGCCGGCAGACCCAAGCCAAAUACGGAUUCUAGGACUCAUGAAUGGAUUGCUCCAGGAUCUCCUGCCAGCCCAGUGGGCCUGGCCCCCCAGCUUUGUCUCUGGGACCCCAGCUGCUCUCAGCCCAGGAUCUCUUUCCCUGAGGACCCAGCCCUCGCCUCUGCGAGAAUGAACAUAUUUGAUAGAUUUUUUUUCUUAACAAAAAUUAGAAAACUCAGCUCCUUUAUGUCUAGGAGCUAGGAGCUAGCACAGACUCACGAGUGAUGCCUCAGAAGGGGCUGCAGAUUCUUGGAUGGGAGUCUUGCUCCCUCUUGGGUGUGAUAACAUAUUGAAGCCCUCCUUCUUUUCCAUCUUUUUUCUUUCAAGCCAAGGAUGUCUGAUGAAAUAAAACAUUCAGUCUGACAGACA